AUGCUGCCUAAAAUUACAGGUAAUCAUCGAUGGGCACAAAAUGGAGUUACAGUUGCUGGGAACCAUGAAUGGGGCGAUAAUACCAAUCAACUCCAGUUGCCUGAAGGUCUCUUCGUUAAUAAUGAUCAAACGAUGGUCAUUGCUGACUUCGGAAAUCAUCGUAUUAUUGAAUGGAAGGUGGGUAAUAAGCAUGGACAAUUAGUUGCUGGUGGCAGUAGUAAAGAAAAUCCAUCGGAUCAGUUGAAAUGGCCAACGGAUGUAUUAAUCGACAAAGAAACUGACAGUCUCAUUAUUUGUGAUCAAGGGAAUCGACGAGUCGUACGAUUGCCUCUUCAGAGUGGAACAAGUCAAGGUGAAAUCCUCAUUGACAACAUCACUUGUCGAGGAUUAGCUAUGGAUGAUCAGAGAUACCUCUAUAUCUCUGACUACAAAAAACAUGAAGUAAGGCGGUAUCAAAUAGGAGACAAAAGUGGAACUCUUGUAGCAGGUGGUAAUGGUAAAGGAGCGGGAUUCAAUCAACUCAACUUUCCAACCUAUCUCUUUGUCGAUCGGCAACAGAAUGUCUACGUGUCAGAUAAGGAGAAUCAUCGUGUGAUGAAAUGGAAUAAAGAUGCAAAAGAAGGAAUUGUUGUCGCUGGAGUUCAAGGCGAAGGCAAUGCUGAUAAUGAAGAUUUGAAUAGUCCUCUACGUCUUAGUUGGUUAUUGGAUCAAAAUAUUGGUGGUUAUAGAGCAGGUGCUGUACGUUCACUCACUGAUAAUUCUAUGUGGCAUAAAGUUAUUUAUUGCAAUUAA